AUCGACGAAGCUGCAGCUGGAUUUCUUUGGAGAACAGAAUGUAUCUAUUUUAAUUUGGAGCACAGAAGUGUCGGUGUGUACUACAAUCUGCAUGGAGUUUUAGUCUGCACCCAGGAGCAAUUUAUGGUUGGCCUCAGAAGUCCACCGGCUUUCGUACUGUGCCCACCUCGCCAUGCUCGCCUGUCUGCAAAGGAGGCAAAACCCUCCACCCCAGCACCCAGUGUGUGUCACCAAGACCCUGGAGCCACCACAAGCCCUCAGACGGAAAUGUGACCUUGUGCUGCCCACACAGUCCCCACGCUACCCCACUGCAGCAGAACUUGAUGCUUAUGCCCAGAAGACAGCCAACAACCCUCUGACCAUCAAGAUCUUUCCCACAAACAUCAGGGUUCCCCAGCACAGGCACCUUAACCGAACUGUGAAUGGAUACGACACCACAGGGCAUCGCUACGCUCCCUACCCACAUAUCCACACAGGGGGCUACCAAGGGCUGCUGGCUAUUAUCAAAACCUCUUCAUCUUCAUCAUCGUCAGCUCCUACCUUUGUUCCUUCAAAAGGUGUUCUCAAGAAUGCUGAAGGCAGACGGACUAAACUCUCUCCAGCCCACAUAGCUAUCGCACCAUACCCACCUCCUAAUAAUAGCACUUUAGCCAGUGGUCACGGCCAAAUGUUGUACCAUGUUGCCCCCUCAAAGCCUCCAGAAGGUCCAGGACUUUCUGUUCCCCCAAAUGUCACUGUAGCUGGCUCAGUCAUACCCGUAACCGUGGGCCGUGGCCUUGCUCUGCCUCCACAGUCCAACCUCCCCUCUAUCCAGAGCAUCAUCUACCAGAUUAAUCAGCAUUGCCAGGCCCAGGCUCUGCAGCAGGCUUGUCAUGGGGCGGUGACAGCACCAUCAAAUUCCAGCCCAUCUAAGCAGGGAACAACAACUGUCUUAGGGGUCUCUUCUAGCUCCUCAGGUGGAGGCUACGUGGUAGGCAUGGGCCCCCAGGCUAACAUGGUGUACACAGGGCAAGCUCUACCAACUCAAAACACUGAGACAAUGAAGACUGGUGUCUACACAGAAGGUAUGGACUACAUCCUCUGGCAGAAACAACAGCAACAUCAACAGCAGCAGCAGCAGGCUGUGCUCCGCAUGUACAGUGGAGGCAGUGGAGGAGGAGCCGCUAAUAGCAAAUCUCCUGAAACUUGUAUUCCAGGGGGAGGAAUAAUGACUGCCCAAAUGUCCUCCUCCUCAUCCAGACCUUAUCACCUGUCAGCUAGUGCCAGUGGAGGAGGCGGGCUGGAAAAAGUCAGCUCUUCACCUUUGAACUGUGUGGGUAUGCAUGGGAAUUUCUCAGUGGGUCAGUACUUUGCCCCGCCGUGGAACAGCGUGCUGGUGACACCAGACAGUGACUGCUACAACCCCCAGGAGCUUUUGGGCACCUCCACGGGAGGCCCAGCCACAGGUCAUCGAGAAAUGGGCUACCCUCAUCAUCAUCACCACUACCACCAUCACAACGACCCUGCCAUAGACAGCAGUGGAGGUCUGUGCUGCAGUUUUCCCAGCAAGAGCUUGUGCAACACGUCAGUACUGAGCAGCAGCCUGCAGUCCCUGGAGUACCUGAUCAACGACAUUCACCCACCCUGCAUCAAGGAGCAGAUGCUUGGCAAAGGCUACGAGACUGUGUCUGUGCCACGUCUGUUAGACCACCAGCAUGCACACAUCCGCCUCCCUAUAUACAGAUAGAGGGGGAGGAAAAUGAAGGAGUAGAAAAAGAAGAGGAGAAAGGAGGUGGAGGAAAGAAAUCAAGAAUUUGUGGAUUAGUGAAGUAAAUCAAAGUUAGAAAAACAAUUUUCUUCUUUUUGGGUACAGAAUCGUGGGAGCUUAGACAAGCGCAGUUAUACUCUGUGACCUUAUGUUUGGUUGUUUUUGAGACAGACUGUGGGAAUCAUAAAUACAAAAAGUGAUAAUGAUUACCAGAGAGGAGGAGAAAGAAGGGAUUUCAAGAUUCUCCAGAUGUUCCACUGUGUGGUUUGCCAACAGGAAUUCUGGAUUAAUUCAUUUUUUUCUCAUAUUUGUGUUCUUGUUUUUUUUUUUCUUCUCUUUUUGUUUUACUUGCCUGGACUUCAUUCAGAAUCAUAGCUUGACAUGAAGUGUGUCCGCCACUUGUAUCCCCCCAUUCCAACUACAAAUGAUGAAGCUACUGUGUAGGUUGUCACUGAAAUGGUCUUAAAAAGGGCCAGAACUUUAGGGCUGCUCAACAUGUGAAAAUAAUUCUGCAACAGUAAAUGGCAUAACACACACACACAGACAGAAACACAAAUUGUUGAAACAGUGAAAUCACAGGCAGUACCUGGGUGUUAUGUACAAGCAUCUUAAGGUGGAAUUUAACCAAGUUAGUACGAUAUUUGAUUUUAUUGCUGUUAUAAUUGAUACAUAAAUUGCACUGCUUGAAUCUUGUUAACAUUGAAGUUUGGAAUUGGGUAGUUUUGAAAAUAUUUAA